AUGAAUGCUGCAAAUCUCAUAAUUGGCAAUCCUUUUAAAGUUAAAAGGGAUGGAGUCUUGAGCAAAGAAUUCGAAGGAAACAAGAAUUCUUUAGGCGCUAACCAUGACAAUGGUGCAAUCAAUGAAACUGUGUAUUUCUUCCAGGAGGAUCUUUACCCUGUACCCUUUUCGAGUGACAAGUUACCUGAAAUUUUAAACCGCUUCUCUUUAGAAGCCGGAUCCAGGGAAGCUAAUGCUAUGAAAGAAACAAUUAAAGGUUGUGAGAGAGAAGUCAUGACUGGCCAAGAAAUGUAUUGUGCCACAUCGUUUGAGUCCUUUGUAGACUCGAGUAUUUCAAAGCUUGGAAAAAAUAUCGAACUGCUGUCAAAUGAGCUUGGAAAAGAAAAGAAAAACCCAGUGUUUACUAUUGAUAGGGAAAUUCAAAACAUGGGAGAAGAGGAGCUAGUUUGCCACAAGAUGAAGUAUCCAUAUGCUGUGUUUGUAUGCCAUUCAAUCGACAGAACAGCAGUGUAUAAAGUUCCAUUGGUUAGCAUAGAUGGGACAAAAGCUAAUGCUCUGGCCAUUUGCCACGAAGAUACAUCGGCUUGGAACCCCGAUCACCCUGCCUUUUGGAUUCUCAAAGUUAAACCAGGAACUGUCCCUAUUUGCCAGUUCAUUGUCAGAGAUACCCUUGUCUGGGUUUCCAAGUGA